AAAACGGGCACCUUUGCGGACGAUUUUGUCGGCGACAUCAGGACAAGGAACCGCUUGUCUUCUUGAGCAAGAAGCUUGGCCACCGCUCCAGUUAAGCGACAACGACUCUGCCAAGAAGUACCUUCGAAGAGGAUUUGCAUUCAGUGUCAGUGAAAGACGCUUUCCUAUCCAAUCAGUGAAACAACAAGUUUGCUAAGGAGCCACGGGAGGACUUGUGUUGCGGUUGCAUUGCGACUUUCUAGUCUCAGAGACAAUCCCCCUGUAAGAAAAUUUAUUGAGAAAAGAGAUCGGCUCUGCGAUGAAGCAACGGCUUCCCCGAAGGAGAUUGGGUCGGGAAUUUGCGGAAACGAUAACACCCCCCCAACAAGUUCAAGACCUGCAGAGCAUACUUGCAAGCAGACGGACCGGACGAGCGUCCGGUCCGGUCCGCUUUGCCGCGUGCGGCACCCUUCCCCCGGACCAGACGGACCCGGACCGGACCAGACAGGGCCUUUUUUUUUGGGGGGGGGGGGGGGGGGGCGUAACUGGUCGUCGGGCACACAUUCGUGCGCCGCGCGGGUCCGGUUCGGUGGUCUGCCGAACGUGCGGAACCGCCCGGACGGCAUCCGCUUGCAAGUAUGCUGCAAAGUGUUCCUUCCUGAGAGAUGGUUUCUGUAAAUUUGAAGAAGAGUGAUCGGAUCGAGCAAGGAGGCUUGCCUGUUGUUCGGUGAAACCUUUGGUGGAAUUGGAGCACGAGAAGUCAUGAGAGGGAACUUGCGUUGUUCCCUCAAAAGCAAUGUCUCUCAGAAAAGUUAUCGACUCUUCAAUUUCCGAAGAGUCGACUCUCUUGACGUAAGUUCGCCAAGAGAGUUGACCUGUACAGGACUAUAGGAUUAGGGAUUUGCAUGCUCGGCUGACCUCCAUCUCGCGGCGCUGACAAAGCUGAAUAUCACUUUCAUGUGAGAAGAGAAGACUGCGCUUUGGUUCGAACUCUUGAUCUUUGAGUCAGAUGCUUGCUUGAUCAUUUUAGAGUAUAUCAGACUAGAUAGAGGUAGAAGAGCAGUUUAUAUCUUUUCCACGUGCUCGACAUGGCACCGGCAAACGAAGUUGAAGCAGCACAGAACAGUAGCUCCUUGUACACUAACAACAAUUGUCCACAGUUCUCCUUGGCUCUGUAUGGUACCAGAUGGUGGGACCAAGAAACAGGACCAGAACUAGGAGUAUACCUGAAUAUACGCAUAUAGAUAUAUAAAAGUCAUUCCACGAUGCAGACCCCAAAUUUGAAUCCGAGGGUCACGUUGCCAGGCUAAAGGAGGCCGAGUCUGCCAGUAUCAGAAAGACCGAGUCGGGUGCCCCAGAGGUCAAGUCCAACAGGCACCCGAUCAACAGUCACAUCCCAGAGGCAAAGGUUGCAUUCGAAACGCAGAACGCAGAAGUCGCGUCGCACGGUGAAAGGUCAGAUCCCACAGGCAAAGGACACUUCCCCAGGCAAAAGUCGUGUCCCACAGGCAAGAGUCGCAUCUCGAAGUCAAAAGGCGUAAUCUACAGGCAAAGGUCGUGUCUCAUGGGUAGAGAGUCGCAUCCCACAGAUGAAAAGUCGUGACUCACAGGCCCAAGCAGCAGCACACAAGGAAGAUUCAUGGAGGUACCAGGCCUCGACAUUCUGAACCGAACAGGCCGUGGGCAUGUGGUGCCGGUUCCAAGUCAAGCCAAAGGAAGCAGAGGCUGGGAUGAGACCAGGCUCAGUCCAAGUCAAUAUAAGGACUGGCCAGCCACAUUUCGGGCAGAUUGCUCAUGCGUGAGCAGUGUGCAAGUGCUGCUGAAGCGCUUGUGCGCUAUCUGCGAGUGCCCUGCUGGGCAGCGCUGUGAUGAGAGGGAAGGCGGCCAUAGCCGCAUAGCUCGUAGUAGGACAUAGAGAUGAGUAGUAGCGGAUGUAUUCAGAGUCAAGAUCUUCAAG